UCAUCACUGUCAUUGAUGUCAAUCAACGUCAACAGCUGUCAACAGCCAACCAACAAAAACCAAAACAAACAACAAGCAAAAUAAACAGAAUAAUUAAAUAAUAACAACAAGCAAAGCGUUUCGUCGGCAUUUCGACGCAGAAAGGAAGAUUCCUUCUUAAUCGAGAAAGUCAAAAUUCGAAACGCGUAUUUAAUUUACACUCUUGUAUAACCUCACAACUUCGUAAUGAACUCUGUGAACUCCUCAGUCGCGCAGUCCCAACCAAAGAAUGCUCAUACUCCAAGGUCCCAACAGAGCUUACAGAGCCCGUGUCGCAAAAUGGACGUACAAACUGCAGCUGCCGUUGCAAUGUGCACUCUAGCAUACUAUAACUACGUGAAAUGUCUCACCGCAGAGAGACAAAAAGACAAACAGAAAGAGAAUACAAUACUAAUCAACGACGAAGAUGGGGAUGAAGACGAACAACGAGAGACGGAGAGAGAUUUCACAGGGAAAAUUAUUAAAAAAAAGCAGAAGAAAGGAAGAUGUUGGAUGAUUCCUUUACACAGGGACAGAACUAGACAUACUAUGGAGCAACAAUUCCGUGAACUCAUGGGACAAUCUGGAGGAUUUGAAAAUUUUGUCCGUAUGUCAAUGGCUGAUUUUUGUCUUCUACUUUCUGAAAUAGAACCCAUGAUCUCCAAACAAGAUACUCGUUUUAGAGAAGCUAUACCUGCUAAAAUUCGUUUAGCAAUUACUUUAAGAUAUUUAGCAACUGGUGAGAGUUUUAGAAGUCUACACUUUUUAUUCAAAAUUUCAAGCUCGUUAAUUUCAAAAGUUGUGAUCAAUGUCUGCAAGGCUCUUAAUGAUGUUCUCAAGGAGGAAAUAAAGAUGCCGAGCAAUGAACAUCAGUGGUUAGAAGUUCAAAACGGAUUCAAGAAUAAUUUUCCACAUGCUAUAGGCGCAUUGGAGGGAAAGCACAUUUUUAUAAAAUGUCCAAGUAACACUGGCCACAGUUUAAUACUAUUAGCUUUAGUCGACAGCGACUAUAAUUUCCUGUAUGCCGACAUUUGUAGUGAAGGAAGACAAAGCGAUGGAGAUGUAUUCAAAAAUUUUUCACUGUGGAAAAAAAUUACGUCUAACAGUCUUAACCUUCCUGAACCACGACGAUUAUGCAGCACUGAAAAUGUCGAAGUCCCCUACUUUUUUUUGGCUAACGGAGCAUUUGCUUUACAUGACAAUGUAAUGAAACCAUAUCCUGGUUCUCACGAUAUCGGUUCACCGCAAUUAAAUUUUAAUACACGAUUGUCAAGAUCUCGAGUAGUUUGUGAAAAUGUUUUUGGGAUUUUAGCAUCCAGGUUUCAAAUAUUUAAAUAUCCUAUUGAUUUACAUCUUGAAAAUGCUGCCAUUAUUACAAAGACAUGUGUUUUGUUGCAUAACUUUCUCAAAAAAAGUGAUAGUUCAUCUCACAUGUACAUGCCUCCCGGUAUUCUGGACGUAUAUGAUCACAGCGGAGUUUUAAUUCAACGCGGAACUUGGCGGGAAAAGAUGAACAGUAAACCUGCUAUGAGAACUAUAUCACAAAUUUCAAGCAAAUCAUCAACGUCUGCCCGUCAGAUAAGAGAUUAUUUAACAGAUUAUUUUUCUACCAGAAAUUAGGUGUUUAGUAUAGAACGCAUCGCAUAAUAUUAGUUUGUGUCGUUUUGGCAAUGAAUGAUGAUAAUAAAUUAAUAAUCUAUUAAUGUUCAUAAUGUUUCUAUUGUGUUUAUAAAAUAAACUCACCGUGCUAAUUUUUGUUUGCAUUUGUAUACCUACCUUUUUUGCGCAGGAAAAUACUUU